GAAGUCAUUCUCCAUGGCCACCCAUCAUUCCCUAUGUUGCCCUCCCUGGAGUUGCAGAUUAUGGUUCUACAGUUUCUUUCCGAAGCGGGGAAUGCUAUCCUAGUCAUCGAUAUGGCCAUUUUCUCUGACAUGGCCUUGCACUCAGAUAUGCCCGUCGAGAUUCCUUGGUCAGACUGGGGACCUCAACAUACGCAUUACUUUCGGCACCACAAAAGCUACUGUCACGAAUCUCGCGAAAUCAGCGUGUUUGGCAGCAAAAUGGCCUAUGACCUUCCCCAAGAUUAUAUUCCUGAUCCAGGUCAAAGACUGAAAGGGCUCGCCACUGAGGGUUACUUCUAUGUGCACAUCUGGGACUUCAAUAAGCGAGUCCUUGCUCGUUCGGAUGUCAAUGAUCCUGACUCGCCAGAUCUCCGCAUUUGUAAGUCGGAGCAGGUGACUGACUCCUUCGGUAAAGAUAUCUUCUCGAGUCGUGCAUUCAUUGCAAUGGUCUGUCGCACGCCUUUGCCGACAGGUGAUUCCUGUAUAUUCUUGGAACAGGAUCGGCUUACUGUGACAUGGGCUCGGGAUCAUGAAAUUAGUAUACAGGUCACUUCCCCCGUACCAAUUCAUUAGUGCCAAAGCAGCAGCCCGUCUAGGUAUUUCCUCUUCUUCCGCUACUUAGUUUGCGUUGUAACAUCUAGUACCUUGUAUUGCAUUUACACCAACCGCAUGGGCUUUGUGCUUUGUGCUUGCACUGUACAACAAACCUUAUAAACAAUGGUCCAUGUCAAUCACUCUUGACCGGUCGUCGCCUUCUCUUCGAUGACUCCUGAAAUGUAUAUUGACCCAGUGAUCAUGAUUGGCUCCGAGAGAUCCAAAAGGUACAUAAA